AUGCACGAGCGCGAGACGUACGACGCGGCGACGCCGCCGUUCAAAACCCCCGGGGCGUUCCCUUCCAUGCAGAGCCAGAGCUCGUUCGACGUCCACGACGAGAGCUUCGGGGAGUGGAGCGCGACGAAGAAGCACACGCCGACGGACCUUCGCAUGAACGUCGGAUUCGACGCGACGACGCGCGACGGGUUCGCGCGCGCGCACGGGCUCACCCCGGUCGCGACGGGGGAAGACUCCGCGCGGACGUCCCCGGAGGACUCGUCCAAGAGCAGCGGGUACGGACACGGCGGCGGCGUCACGCCGUGCGCGAACCCCGUGUGCACGCCGGACGCCUCCUCGGAGACGACGUCGGGCGCGGGUCCGAACGCGACGUGCUCCCCGGCGGAUCUUCCCGCCGCGCCGCCGCCCGUCGUGGUGUCGCCGUCGAGCACGUUCGCGACGACGCCGGGGCGCGACGACGAAGACCGCGAGAACGACGAGUGCGUCGUCACCACGAAGCGCGCGGACGCGUUCGCGCGGCGACGCCCCCGGGGUCCGGACGGAGGCGGAAACGCGAACGCGACGCCGACGCGCGCGUCGCGCAUGCAGCUUCAGACGGCGGCGGCGGCGGUGGAAGCCGGCUACGACGGCGUGCGACGAAGCGUGAAAACCCCGGAAGGGGACGAGUGGGUCACCACCGAGGACAUCCGAGCGGUCGUGAAGGCGGUCCCGACCGGGGACGUCGCGCGGGCGUACCUCAUGGGCCAGAGGGACGCGAUCGAGGCGGCGUUAUCCGACGCGUUGCCGCGGCGGGAAGUCCUCGGAAAGUUUGAGGAGAAGACGGACGCGUGCGCCGCGGCGGUGGCCGCGUUGACCGCCGAACUUGGUGCGUUACGAUCAUCCGUGCACGCCGUCGACGCGCGGACGGGAUCUCUCGAGAAGAACGUCAGCGCGCUCGCGCACGGCACCGUGCCCUCCCUCGAACGCGCGCACGGAGAGCUCAUCGCGAGAGUGGACGAGAUGGAAUACAAGCAAUCGGGGAAAACCGUGCUCGGCCUGUGCGACGAGCUCGGCGCCGCCGCGGUCCGCGCGUCCAUCAACAACGCGUCGCGCAUCGACCGCAUCGCCGGCGACGUCGCGAAGCGCGUGCUGCACGUCGGACCGGAGGGUGGUGCCGAGGGUGGUGCCACGUCGGACGCCGCCACGUCGGACGCCGCGUUCGACGCGCGUCGCGCCGUCGCCGUCGCCUUCGUCCUCGCCGCGACGGAGCUCGGCUUUCGCGCGCACCGCGCGUCGAUUCGACGCGCCCCGGGGGCGAUCCGCGCCGCCGCGGGGCCGCUCACUCUCGCCGCGAACGUCGCGCGCGUCGGCUUGUGGGCGUCCGCGGGGUGCGUCGCCGUCGCGAAGGGGAAAGAGCGGUGCUACGCCGCCGCGGACGCCGUCGUGACGGCGUGCGAGGGAUCGAAAACGUUUCGACGCGUCGCCGAGUCGGCGCGCGCGGCGGCGGCGGCGACGACUGCGGCGCUGACGACGCUCGGGGCGCGCGCGAGGGCGGCGCUUGAGGAGGGAGAGGGAGAGGGAGAGGGGGAUGGUGAUGGUGUUGGCGAUGCGAACGACGACGGGGGGAAGGAAGGCGGGUUCGGGACGCCCGUCGCGGACGCGUCGAGGUCGCCCGCGGAGGUCAAGAUGCGAUUCUUCGCGUCGUGA